AUGGCGUCAGACCCUGGUAGGCAGCGACAGACGCUAACGGCUUGGGAGUACCCGAUACAAUACGACCCUAUCUUCACCGCCACCCUGGGAGCCCACCCAAGUACCGAGUACUUAGCCCCGAUCAAGCACGAGCCAGCCUGCCACGCAAGGGCUCACCCUCCCCAACCAGACCCCGCAGAUUCCGACGACGCGGCCCAAAAUUACCCGUCGCGUCGCGCUACAUAUCCGUCCGCACCCUUCUAUUUGUUUCGCACAAGGAGUUCUCUUGAGCGUCAUCGAGGCAAAUCCCUUGUCGCGACGAGCCAAGGCCUGUCGCGAUCCUCGCUCUCACCUCCCUCGCGCAUCGCUGCAGCCGAAUACCGCCCGCCACUAUCCGUCGAUUGUCCCGAUUGUCUUGCAUCUCCUCGCUUCCCUUUCAUCGAGUAUCACGGUAAAGCAGAUGUAACGCCCUUCGCCAGUGGCGUCGGGCAAUCUGUCGGGCGAAUGUCUUUCACCUCGUCCCCUCCGGAGGACGUCACCGACCUCUUCAGACGACGCAAUUUGACGAAUAUCCCGCGGGAUCAGAAGGAGCUACUGGAGGACUCAGAUUCCUGGGCGGUCGACCUGAAGAAUACACCUCAUGGGCUUGCGCAUGUCCCGGGGCAUGUCUUGCAGACGGUGAAGGAGGCCUACACGGCCCAGAAAGCCGGUGUCGACAAUUCUACACCAAAGUCGCGAAAACGAAAUGGAAGUGCCGUGGCAUCUACGAGCAGCAAGCGCAUGCGGAAUGGCAUCACAAAUACCCCAAGAGAAGAAUCGGAGGAGCCAGCACAAUCGUCACCCGAACGAGAGAUCUCCUGGGAGCCAUCUCCCACUCGACCUGGCCCCUCCAAGUCGAUUCAUGUGGCCAUCAAUACGACAAUGGUCCAGUCUUCGAUGAUUCAAGAAACGCCCAAGGCAGCUCGGGGACCUCCCCCGAAACGGCCCAGUCCUUUUGAACCGUCUGAGGACGAAUCCGAUAACGAAUUAGAAACCGAGAUCCCCCAGGGCAUGCCGCAACCCGGCGCCCCCGUUAAUCGGACAGCAGCUCGCCUCGAACCAACUGCUCCAGUUCCUAUGCCGAUUUCCAGCAAACCAAUGGCCACACCGCCAUGUGCGCAACCGUCUAAUCCCACCCAACCUACUAUUCCAAACACUGUCGUUGCCCCAAGGGAGACAUGUCAAGAACUUGCUGCCACCAAAAAACGGCAGUCCCGGCGAAUAUUUAAAGGCAUCAAUGUUGGGGAUACAGAGAAAAAGGUCCAUCACAUGCCGAACCGCCUACCGGCAACAAAGACAUUUGCGACUGUCGAGAGCUCCAUCCCAACAUCGUCCGACCCCGUCAUCCCUGCCACUCUGAAAUCGACUGCGACACAGGAGUCUGUCAUACAAUCCAUUGAGGAGAACGAGUCCGAUCACGACGCCAAUGAAUCAACGCGAUCGGACGAUGAGCCACCAGUGGCGGAGCCUUCGAAUCGGGAAGGUGAAUCUAUCAUGCAAUCCAUUGAAGCACCCGAAAUUCACCAGAACGCCAAAACCCCCAUGAAACGAAGUAGCCAGAAACCAGUCGCUGCGCAACAAUCAGACGCUCAACCCCAGGUGGAAACCUCGCCCAUGCAGGUGAAUGGUCGUCAGGGUUCACAGAGCAAGGUCUGUCCGCCACUGUGCAUUGGUCCCUCAGCCAGUAAGGAACCAUACGAAGUCUUCCUCCAUCAUUAUCCAAUGUUCGCUGAGGAUGACUGGGGCCGGAAGGAAGCGGGUACCAAAAUGAGCUUUGUCAUCGCCUGCGUCUAUCUCAACUGGCUCCGCCGACGGAAGAAACUCAGGGAUUAUCUGUAUGACGACUUCAUCCGUGCAUUCACAGAAGAUUACAAGGAGUACGUCGAAAGUGCGAAGGACAAGCAAAAGACCCUGGUCGCGAUCGAGUGGUUCAACAAGCUGUCUGAGAAGCCCACUUACAGUCAGUACGUGGUGAACCGGGGCAACCUCAACUUCAUCCUCAAGUCUUACCCCGAGGAGGUGGCCAAGGCGAGCAUGACCAUGAUGAAGGCCGAUGACAUUAGCAUAUACACGAGCUCGGAUCACGAGUCAGAAUCUGACAACGAUGAUGUCGUGUCGAAUCCCAGUGCCUCGUCUGACAAAUUGUCUCAGCGCUGGCGUAGCAAAGGAGCCGUCAUCCAAGGUCUCGGACAAGUCGGUGUUGAAGCAAAGACCGAUGGCAGCGCCAACACUACCGUCUACUUCCAGGCCUCGAAGGCCGAUCGUGAAAGCGCCACCACCAUUUUCAUCGCGUCCCCGGGAAACGCCAACCCAGGCGCCACCACCGGUCUCAUCGCGUCCCCGAGAGAUUCUGACUCAGGCUCCAGCCCCGCCCUCACCUCAGAUCCCCAGAACGUCCAUGGCGCCGCCAUCAACCAUCGCGACGCCAUCUACAAGAUCGCGGGCGCCUCGGACGUCGCAGUACUUUGA